AUGCUCGGCAUCCACUACGAGCCGACCAAACGAUCCAAUGCGGCUCCGCGGGAAACGCUCGGAAUAAUCAGUACUGCAGUUACACCAUCGUCCGUAACUCGAACUGUUCGUGCGACGAAACUGUUCGCAAUUCAAGGUGAACCUCCGACGAUACGGCCGGAUUUCAUAAACGAGUAUUACAACGAGCGGCGGAACGGUGACGUACAAAGAUGGCUGGCGGGAACGGCCAACGCACAAAUGUGUAAUAAAACGGCUCGACUACAAACAAUAGUAGCGGGUCGGUCGAGUGAGCGCUCGCGAGCGGGAAGGGGAAGAGUGCGCUCCCAAAAGGAGAAAAAAGAAAUAGAAAAAAAAAUCGGAGCACCGCUACACCGGCGCGGCAUCGGGCCCGGGACGAGCGCGGGGCGGUCGCGAAAGCGGGCGAGCGUGGCGCACGGAAGGCGCGCGCCGUCGCCUCUACGCCCACUCCACAAUACAUUCUUCCGACUACCGUGUUGCUUGUUUCGCGUGGGCGGCAUCCGAACGUUGCACAGUUAUCGCUCCAUAUCCCUCGCUCUGUCCCACACGGGUGGAGGAGGGUCCACGGGAACGGGACGCCCGUAUGGCGCGCCGCAGAACGCCACCAACAGAUAUCUGCGAUACGGUGAUAAAACAAUUACCUCUGACCCGCAGAUACACGAUAAGGCG